AACUGUGAAACAACCUACAGUAAACAUUUUGGUGUUAAUAGUCCAGGAUAUCAGAACCUCUUCAAUCACAGGACUGUGACAGCUGUGCAAGAAGACAUCCUUAAUCUUACAAGCCAUGCCACAAUCUUCCUUGAUCCCCUCCUUUUUAAUUCUGAGCGUUACCUUUCUUCACUGUUAUCAAACUGUAUCUCCUCUAACCUAUACCUGUUUGAAGAUGAACAUCUGAAGCGUGGAUAAAGAUUAUAAAAAAGUCCUACAGAAAAUCAAAUCAUUUCUGUUUCUAAUUCCCAAAUAGGGUCCUUUGCUCUUUCUUCUCCUUCCACCCAUCUCAUCAUUUAAGAAAGAAUUUUGUAGUUACCAGAGUUGAUUUUUUUUUUUUUUUUUUUAAUAGUGGGUGGGGGGAGGACUAGCAGCAACAAUCCAAAAAACGUUAAAUGACCAACAAAUAUUAUGCCAGAUAAUAGAGAGCUAUAAUUUGCCAUUAAUACAGCAUCACUGGUAAAAAUCAUGAAAAUUUUAGGUAGGCAAAGCGCAAAUAUUUUUACUACCAUUUUUUUUUCUUUGAAUUAAGAAUAUAAGAUGUGCCAUCUUGGCUCAGAGCAGUGGCCAUCUAGCUGUGUAUCCUGUCUCUGGCAGUGACAGAAGUGAAUGCUUUAGAGGAGCGCAUGUGAACAGGAUAUAUCUAGAGUGGUUUAGUCCCUGCUCUUUACCCUCCCUGGCAUCCACCAUCAUUGGUUAGAGAUGAAAGAUUAAACAAGACAGUUGUAACUACACAUCUGAUAUCUGUCUACAUUACCAUUUCCAUUUAUUGCUACUAUUGAUGAAAAACUUCACUGGGGUCACAGUACUUCCUGUUUUAGGCUCAACUUAGUAGUCUUAUCUUGUUUUAUUGCAAACAUAAAUGAAGUAAAAGCUGGGCCUAUUAACAAAAGUUACCGUUGUGGAAUUCAUAGUUCAUCCAAGGCCAUUUAGAGUGAAAUCAUGUUUGCUACAGGUGUGGGGCAUCUAUUUUAAGGUAUAUUCAUCCUUAGCUAAGUAUUCUGUAUGCUCUGCAUGUGGAUAAAAUUCAUUAUAGCCAUAUUUAAAAUUUAAGAAACUAGAGCUAGAAGCAUGAUUUUCCUGCAAAAAUCACAUACCUGGAAUAUUGGAUCAUAGUCCACUUAUCUUGGAAAAACUACUUAACUGCUUUGCUGUGCUUCCUGGUUGUAAACUAUCCUGGUUAGAAUCACUUGAAACCUCAAAUGUUCCAUAUAAACUUCAGGUUGUUCAAGUCGUGUUUCUGGUAUCGUUCUGUAGAAAAGUCUUUCUGAUUAGCAGCUUCCUCAGUAUUCAUAGGUCUGACAACAGGUAUCGUCAAUCUUCCACCCAGCUUUACUGCCAGUGUUUCAAGAUUUGAGGAUAAAUUGGCAUUUAGAGCGUGGCUCUGCAGAGCAGUGAGAUUUAACUCCAGAGUUGAGAUGCUUAGCACCAUGCACAUUUGAGCACUUCCCAUUUCUCAUAGGAAGGGAGCAAUGUUGAUCAUGCAGGAGUCAGUACUAUCCAAAUAUGAAGAGUUUCUCUGUCUACUCUUGAUCAGCUUAAUCUUUACCCUUUUAGAAAGUUGUUCAAAUGCCUGGUUGUUUUUUAUCCUCCUUUUUUCUUUCUCCCCCUACCAGGAAACUUAGCAGCCAUUUAGUUGGCUCCCAUUAAUGAAUAUCAUGAUGCAUCAAAAAUGGGUGUAAAAAUAGCCUUUGUUUUAAGUAUGCCGAAGAUUAAAAAUGUGGCUGUUUGCUUUGCAUUUCAGCUGUAAUAGAAAUUUUAUGUUUCUGUUUGUAUGUUAAUAAAAGGGGUUUUACUAUCCAGUUUAAUUCAGUUCUGGUGUCCCAAAACAUGAUCACUAUUACUGUGCCAGGAGAGCAUUUGUAAAUAGAACUACCACCUGUAGAUCAUUACAAUUAUGAAACAGGUAUUAGUACUUUAUACUUCUAGCAGGUGCUUGCCCCAUUAUCUUGAGUUCAUGAUACUUAUUUUCAGGGUAUUACAUACCAUUCAAUCUCUCUUUUAUCUUGAUGCAUUCAUGAAGAUUUUGGUGGAAUUGAAAAGUUAAUACUCCCAUACCUGACUAGCCUUCUUUUCAUCUGUCUAUUUUGCUGGACUAGGUCUGUGGAAAGAACCAUUUAAGAAAAUUUGAAAAGAGUUUGUAGCUUUAUCAGUGAAACUGCAUGUACAAAUUUCAUUUGUCAGUAUGAAUAAGAGACAAAAAAUGUUUAACUCAUCAACAAAUCCAUUAAAACUGAACAGAUUUCUGAUGCAAUUGAUUGGAUUGCUUGAGAUAGGAAAGUAAUCAUAUGUCAAAGUUUCUCUGAGAGAAAUGGGCCAGUCGGAAGUGACUUUUCUCUGAAGUUACUGGAUAUGAUUCUAUACCAGUUUCACAUGGGCUUUGAUGGAGUUUAGUUUUAUGUUGGUACAAUUUUAUGUAGAAAGUAAACAUAUCUAUUGAGUGGCUUCUCCUGGGUCUCAGGCUUCCGGUGCUAUACUGUAUGUAUUUUGUCCUUUUGAGUUUCCUGUAGUUUUUUGCAUUGACGGCUCAGAGCCCUCUGGAAUGUUUAUCUUCAGUUUUCCUAGCGAGUGAGGAAAAUAUACAUUUUCCAAAUAAUAAGCAUGCUAUGAUAGAAAUAUUUUGGCAAAUAGGUAAGUUGCAGUAUAGUUUUGGGAACACAAUUGUAAGAGGAAGGCAGGUAGGCAAGUCAAGAAUCUGGUCCUUUAGGAUCUCACAAAAGGGAUCUACAGGAUUCUAGUCCUGCAUCUAUCUUAUUAGAUCAAAUUGGGGUUUGCAAAUGAAUAUAUUUAAAUUGUUUCUGUGGUACUUGACAAAAAUGUUUGAGCCUGUGAUCAAAAUUGCAUUGUUCUACUUUUAAAUUGUUUUUUUUUUCUUCUGUAUAGUUAAUUUCAUAAGUAUGAAUCCACUAAUCAAGAUCCUCAGCAUUAGCCAGUCUAGCUCUUCUGAGGAUUUUUUUUGCAAGCACUCUUUCAUUCGACAAAAUUUAGUCUCGUAUUUGUUUGCCAGAGUUUUUAAAAAUGAGAAAAUUCUAAGAAGGGGAAGAAGAUAGCAUAAGUAAGGUAAUGUACAAAUUCUGAAAUUCCAUCUCAGUUGAAUGCAGGUUUUCAAGUAGUCAUUCUGUCUUUUGUCUUAAGGCAAUAGAUUAUGAAAAAGAACGUACCACUGAAAAAUACCGUGUCCAGAAGAAUGUAUGUAUGUUACUAUUUCUCCGUAGCCUAAGGAAAAACUGCUUCUCAUAUUCUUCAAAAAUGGUUCAGUAAAGAAUUGAACCUAAUGAGUAGAGAAUAGAAGAAAUUAACAGUUCACAACAGUAAAAUAAUAUGCAAAAUCACUAUUUUGUUAAGGCCCAUAGUCCUUCCCAACAUUCCAGAAUGGAUACUGUUAGAUUUAACUCAAAUUACUUUCAGUACAGAAUGCUGAAAGCGGCUCUAUGAAAGGAACAAUGUAGAUGGUAUAAGCAGUUUAAGGAUUGAAAAGUGUUCUCUAAUCUUAACUGAUUUUUUUUCGACGACAAAGUAUAACCUUUAGUAAUAUGGAGGGAGUAAAUACCACGUAGGCUAAAUCAUCCAGACACCGCAAUGUAAAGCAACAUUCUUGCCCUUUUACAGUUACAACAGAAAAGAGCAGUUUGUUAACUUUUCAGUGAAGUAAUAGCCAUGUGCUCUAGCUAUUUUGAGAUGAAAUUCUUUUACAUUUAUAAUGGCUUCAGCUAUGUAUCAUGAAAUAACAUAUCUUUCAAAUUUUGCAUUCACCAGUCUUGAGAGCUUUCUUUUACUUUUCUGCAUUUUUCUCUAACCUGCAUUAAAUUGCAGUGUAGUUGGUAUAGAAGUAUAGAAAUUCACACUGAGGUUCUGAUAUCCUCUUGGGGUUUUGUGGGCUGAAUUGAUUUGCACAUUGAUGAUUCUUACCAUGUCGUAAGGCUGGAGUAAUGGAUGUAAAGCUUCAAAGAAAAUCAUUUGCCAGGUUCAUGGUAGGCUGUGGUAGGUGUGAUGAUUGGUUUCAUGGUGAUUGUGUUGGGUUGAGUCUUUCCCAAGCGCAACAAAUGGGAGAUGAAGAUAAAGAAUAUGUGUGUAUUAAAUGUUGUGCUGAAGAAGACAAGAAACAUGAUUCUUUUGAUCAAAAUAUGAUGGACAGUCAAAUGAAAUUUGAAACUGCAAGAGAAGAUAGAAUGAUAGAAUCUGAGAAGCCUGGGAUGUCAAAGCAAACCUUUCCUUGUAAUCCAACUUCAGCAAAUGAAAAAUCUAAGCAGUUGGAUGACACAGUGAAGCACAAAGUCAAAAUUUUUAGACGGGAAUCUGGAGAUGGGAAGAUUACACCAGAAUACAGAGAUUCUGAUGUUAAAAAAGGGCAACAAACUACUGUUCGUAAAGUAGCGCAGACUGUUAUGCUUCCUCGUCGAUCCUCUGAAGAAAAAAAUGAAAAAAUAAACAAAGAUUCUCCUAGUGCUUCUUCCUCUAGUGAAAAGUCCACAAAGACAGGUGUUCAUGAGAAACAAGAAGUCAAGAAAAAGAAAACUGAGAAAGGGGGGCUGUCUAGUAAUACAAAUGUACCAUCUGUGCCAGCUUCCAAACCUUCUGCUGAUCAGAUACGACAAAGUGUCAGACAGUCUCUGAAAGAAAUUCUGAUGAAAAGACUUUCAGACUCUAGUUUGAAGAUUACUGAGGAAAGAGCAGCAAAAGUUGCCAUAAGGAUUGAAAAAGAACUGUUUUCCUUUUUUCGGGAUACUGAUUCUAAGUAUAAGAACAAAUACAGAAGUUUGAUGUUCAACCUAAAAGAUCCUAAAAAUAACAUAUUAUUUAAGAGAGUACUGAAAGGAGAGGUUACCCCUGAUCACCUCAUAAGAAUGAGCCCAGAAGAACUGGCUUCUAAAGAGCUAGCUGCUUGGAGACAAAGAGAAAACAGACACACAAUUGAAAUGAUUGAGAAAGAGCAGAGAGAGGUAGAAAGACGACCAAUCACCAAAAUUACUCACAAAGGAGAAAUAGAAAUUGAAAAUGAAACUCCAGUUAAGGAACAAGAAGACGUUAUGGAAAUUCAGGAAGCCAGUACAGUUAAGCUGUUUGAAAAGACAGAGGAAGUUGAAAAAGAUAAGGAAGAUAAUGAAUCUUCAGAUACAACAAGUCAACACAAAAAUCAUCUUUUUGAUCUCAACUGUAAAAUCUGCAUAGGUCGAAUGGCGCCUCCUACAGAUGACCUAUCUGCAAAAAAAUUUAAAGUGUCUGUUGGAGUUGCGCGUAAACAAUCGGACAAUGAAGCAGAGAGCAUAGCAGAUGCACUUUCAUCAACAUCAAAUAUUUUAGCUUCAGAUUUAUUAGAAGAUGAUAAACAGGAGUUGUCAAAACCAGCAUCAUCUGUUCCAAGAUCGGAGACACCUGGUACCGUUGAAAGUGAAUCUCUGUUCCUGGCUCGACUGAACUUCAUCUGGAAAGGUUUUAUCAAUAUGCCUUCUGUAGCGAAGUUUGUCAUCAAAGCAUACCCAGUGUCUGGCUCUUUUGAAUAUUUAACAGAGGACUUACCUGAUAGCAUUCAAGUAGGUGGCAGGAUAUCUCCUCAUACUGUUUGGGAGUAUGUUGAAAAAAUAAAAGCUUCAGGGACCAAGGAAAUUUGUGUAGUUCGCUUUACCCCUGUAACUGAAGAGGAUCAGAUUUCCUACACUUUGCUAUUUGCAUACUUUAGUAGCAGAAAGCGUUAUGGUGUGGCUGCCAACAACAUGAAACAAGUGAAGGAUUUAUAUCUCAUCCCUUUAGGUGCCUCAGACAAAAUUCCACAUCAUCUUGUGCCUUUUGAUGGGCCUGGGAUAGAGUUACAUCGACCAAAUCUGUUAUUGGGAUUGAUAAUUCGCCAAAAAAUGAAGAGACAGAUGAGUGCUGUUACUACCACUAGCACUAGCUUUGUGGAUGAAAUUCCAGAAAGUGUUCCAAGCAACUUGCCACCAGAAAAAAAAAUCAAACCAUGCAAACCUGAAGUUUCUCAAACUGAACUGGUAUUAGAAGAGGAUGAAGAAGAAAACGAUUUUUUUAAUUCCUUCUCAACUGUGCUGCAUAAACAGAGAAAUAAACUCCAUCAAUCUAAUACAGAAGAAAAUCCAGCAGUUAUUGAACCUUUAGUAGAAAGCAUUAAACAUGAACCACCAAAGCCUCUAAGAUUUCUUCCUGGAGUUCUGGUUGGUUGGGAAAAUCAGCCUUCUACUCUUGAGCUGGCAAAUAAACCACUGCCAGUAGAUGACAUACUUCAAAGUCUUUUAGGUACCACAGGACAGACAUAUGAACAGAGUCAGUCAAUUGUGGACCAGUGUGAAACAGGAGAAAUACCUUUAUUAAAUGAGCAACCAACCUUAAAAGAAGAAGAAAUGGCUGUGGAUGAAUUUACUGCUGAUGAAGAAACUAAAACUGGAUUAGAUGAUGCACAAGAAACUACAGAUGACAGUGUUACAGUGGAUACACCAAUUGAAGGGACUGCAUGUUCACCAGGAACUGCAGGAACUUUGAUAGGCCUUAGCCUUAAGGGUAAACCACCAGAUGUUUCUACAGAAGCAUUUUUAGCAAAUUUAUCUGCUCAGUCACAGAGCAGAGAAACUGAGGAAGGUAAAGAAAUUGACCCAAAGUGGCAGCUGUCUGACAAAGAGACUGUUGCAAAAGAAGUCAAAAAAACCACAGAUUCUAGCUUUUCUUCUUGCUCUUCAAAUUCAGGUAAAAUUAGUGAUGAUAAUAAUGUUAGCACAGGUACUGCUGAAGGUAUGGCUGCUAAUACCUCCAAAUCUCCACAGUUCAUUAAUCUUAAAAGGGACCCACGACAAGCAGCUGGACGCAGUCAACAAACUAAUGCUGGAGAAAAUAAGGAAGGUGACAUUAGCAAAAAUGGAGAUAAGCAAAAUAUAUGUGGUCAUUCACAAGAUAAAGAACACUUAGGAGCUUCAAGAAGUGAGCAGAUGGAAGUAGAAGAUAAAGAGCCACCCAGAGAGAAGGAUUUAAAUUCAUGCCAGAGUGAUAUUCCAGCAUGUGAGCCACAGUACACCAAAUCUGCAACAAAGGCAGAUAAUGCAUGUUCCUCGCAAACAGAAGAGACCAAACAGUUGCAGGAAGAUGGAGUGAUGAAAAAUAUUGAAACGGUGCAGCCAUUUAGGAGAGGACCAGCAACAACCUCAUCUCAUUUUGAAACAGAAAAUUCUUCUCGUUCUGAAUUCACUUCCAAAAUCCCCAGCUCACUUGCAGGUGGAAACUUCUCAUCAGUUAGGUCUCAGCAGCAUAGUUUUCAGGCACCUAAAUCUAAUCCACCUGGAUUUCCAUUUCAAACACCCGUACCUCCUAACUUUCCUCCACAGAACAGCCCCUUGUUUGGAUUUCCUCCUCAUCUACCACCUCCACUUCUUCCUCCACCAGGUUUUGGCUUUGCUCAAAAUUCCAUGAUGCCAUGGCCACCUGUUAUUCAUUUGUCAGGUCAGGCACCGCAUUAUGUUGGGCCCAUGUCACAAGGGCCACCACUGGCUCAUAAACAGCCAAGAUUUGCCGGGCCAGAGAACUUUUUUCAGAGUAAAGACAAUAGGAGACCAGAAAGACGUCAUAGUGACCCUUGGGGGAGACAAGAACAUUUGGAGAGAGGGUUAAGUAGGGGGAAAAAUGAGCAACAUAGGCAAAGAUUUUAUAGUGACUCCCACCACCAAAAGAAAGACAGACAUGAAAAAGAGUGGAAUGCUGAAAAAUACUGGGAGCCAGACUCUGAGAGGAAUAGACGCAGAGACAGAAACCAGGAAAAGGAGAGAGAAAGAAAAAGCAGAGAGGAAGAACAUAGAGACAAAGAAAGAUUACGACUUUCACAUGGUGAUAAGGGAUCUGAUGGAAAAUCCUCUAGGGAGAGUAGGAAUCCAGAAAAAAAGACAGAUAAACCUAAAAGUGAAGAGCAUGAAAAGGAUAAAGAAAGAGAGAAAAGUAAGGAGAAACAUAGAGAGCGAGAAAGUGAAAAGACCAGAGACAGACAUCACAAAGACAGGGACCACAGUGACAGAACAAAAAGCAAAAGGUAGAAAGAUGCAGGCAGUCUUUCAGCAAAUCCUAUUUAAGUAAACUGUUAGAGUUAUGUCCUAAACUUUGUAAAUGCCUGCUAGGAUUGUGCCAUCUUUUUUAUUCAGUGUUGGUGUUUUGCAGAAAUAAGUCUGUGUUUUGGUAUGAAGCUGCAUACCAAUACUCAUCCUCUUUUUUUUCAUUAUACCAACUAUCCCUAGAAAUAGGAGUUUAAUAUUUUUCAAAAUUUUACAUUGCUGUAUAGUCAAAAUUUUAAAGAUUUCUUUUAUUAAUAUGCAAUAAAGGCUUAGAAAUUUUUAGUUGAUGAAGUUGGCUUUAGUCAAGUAUGCAAUAUAGCUACUGCCUUUGGUAAUUUGUGCUCUCUUCUGUUUUAAGAUGCCCAGUAAUUUUAAAGUGAAUUUCAUACAAUAACGUUGUUUUUUUAAAUUGCACUGUUUUUAAAGACUGUAGCAAAGCCUCAGAAUUCACAAGCGCGUUACACAAUAUAAGUAAUAAACUCUGUGGUGUGAAGAUUUCUUUUUAAAUUAUCCAAUAGUAUAAAAAAGUAAUUCAGCUGUAUUUUCAGUAAUUAGCAAGUAUAUCCCAAGCAUCUAAAGCAGUUUGUGACCAGAAAUUGGAAGGCUGAGUUGUCUGAAUGUUAUUGCUUUAAACUGCACUUGUUUUAAUAAUAAGAAAAAAAAAUCACACUAUAUUCUUUAAACUAUGAUUUGUCUAUUAAUUUUCCCAUUAUUUUUCAUGCUUCAAAAACUUGAAUACCUAAGGUUGUACAUUACCUUGUGUUUUGCUAUUGUUUUUACUGUAAAAUGUAAAUAUUUUAAGGAAUAUUUUGAUUCUAAAAAUGAUAAAACUUUCUCACAUAA